AAAUCUCUCAGGCUCUACUCAUCACAUUUUGGAUUAUUAAUAAGAACAGGGUUUCUUCCGCUUUGAAUCUGAAACCAAAUCUCUUCCCUUUUUUCGAUUUAGGGUUUGAUUUAGAGUUGAAAGAUGUACAACGGGAUAGGGUUACAGACCGCAAGAGGAUCAGGAACUAAUGGUUAUGUUGAGACGAAUAAGUUCUUUGUGAGACCUAGAAAUGGUGGUAAGCCUGUUAAUGGUGGUAAAUGGUUUGAGGAUGAUCAAGGUGUUCCAGUUAAAAGUUAAUGGUGUGGCAUUUAGGUUGAUUCCUGAGUCUACUCAAGUGAAAAAUGCCUUGAAGGACAGUUUUUGCUUUUGUAAAUGCUUUCUCUGUUAUUUGAAAUAAAUGCUUUCUAGUUGG